AUGAACUAUCAUUCAAAUCCCAAAAAAGCUGGCCCGCCUAGACCCGUGCUUCCAAUUACAUACGAUGCUAAUAUGAACCCUCGAAAUGUGUUCUUGCUUGAUGGUACAACACCAGCCUCCGUCCAGGAACGAUUAGCCGAAGUCUUAGAAGGCAAUCGCCGACGCAAAGAAGCAAGACAAUCACAGAACGUUUACCAGUUCUCCCAGAGUAAUGUCUCCCAUACAAAUCAACAUGAUCAUCAGUUCCCAAUUCGGGGCAACUUGGCUCAAUAUUAUGCUCAGCACCAAGAUGCCAAGUCAAAUGAUUUUGAUAUUGAUCGAGAUUUGCGUUAUGAGGGCAGUCAGCUCGAAAAUUCCCAUCGGAACUUCAUGAUCCAGCCGAGUAUGAACACUUAUACAAAUUUAUUAUCCAAUAACGACUUUGUGCAGAGAGGUGGACAUGACAUGGCUAGACACCAUGUUUUCUCCGGAAAUACCUGUGAAUACAAAGCAUAUGAGCAGUCUGGACAGCUAAGAGCUCCCUCAGACAGACCUUCUUUUAAACAAGACGCAGGAAAUAGAACAGUAUCACGCCAAUAUACCAACUUAGACCCUAAUGAGCCACAGAUUCUCUCAGAACAAGUUGCUGAAUAUACAAAUUCUUCUCAGACUCAAUAUCCCAGUUUUCAAAGAAAAAGAAGACCUCGUAACGGAGGACAUAUAUGGAGAAACUAUAACCAUUUUGCCGGACCCAAACAGGAACGAAGAUACCAGCCAAGUUUCAGGCCCCAAUAUAGAAGGAAUCGCAAACACUCCACUGCAUAUAAUCCGGCAGAUCUAUACGACGAAGAAGCAUGGGCGCAACGACGAUAUGAAACCGGACAAAUUUCUCCUCCACCCAAUUACUUUACUCGAUCUACUACUUUCAGCGAGUCUUACUCGGGUAGUGUGACUCCCACUUACACCCCUCCUCAAAACACAUAUCAUGAUACUCACAAUUCAUCUUCCUCACUCAACUCGAUCUUCCCCCUCAAUCGACCCCUACGCCUCACAAUUCAGUCUUCCCCCUCCCGAAAACUCCAACGACGAAACGGUUCAUUUGUUCCCUCAGAAGAAGAUUCUCAGACCUCAUCAGGAAACUACAAAGGUAAUCCCCGCGCUGGCAUCCGCGAACUUUCCGACCAUCUCAACUGUGCCCUCUGGCUCACCAAUCUUGCCGCCGACAUCCAAGCCCAUGAAGUUUUCGACGAAAUCCAUAGCGGUGCCGUCACCGCGUUCGAAAUCACCCGUCCACAGGGUGAAUACAUCAUGUCUGCCGCAAAACUAGUCUUCAAACAUCCUGAAGCCGCUGCGCGUUUCAAAGACCAAUGCGAAAGUGCAGAAGGGAUCGUUAUUCGCGGACGCAGAGUCAACGCACGUUACAACACAUUCGGAUAUCGACGAUACAAGUGUGAAGAUAAAACUCGUAUGAUAUCUAUCGAAGGUCCGAGUCGCUACGUGGUAUACGAUCAUUUCAAGGUAUUUUUUGAAACUUUUUGUGAUCAUGAGUUGUCGGGUUGGGAAUAUGUUGAGACGGCUGUGAAGGGAAAUCGGAAAAUGAUUAUGGGGUUUGCGAGAAUUAAUGGUCAGGCGACGCAGUGUUUGGAGGCGUUGCAGAUGCAUCCUGUUUAUGGAGAACAUUUGAUUGUGGAGUAUGCGCCGGAUCCUUGUGCGAAGGAUUUCCCGUAA